UAGCGGGCAAUGGUUGCCCGGCGGACGCGUCUGGCUUGGUGCUUUGGUCGCGGGGAACAGGGUCUCUCUUCCAGGUCCCCGCGACCGGGGGCUGCACCUUGAGGCUGGACAGGGAACGGGAGGCGCGUCGUCUCCCGAGUCUUAUUCCAGGCUGCCUUCUAAGCCUUGAGCCGGGUGUUGCCCUGCACCCCCGGCGCCCCCGCCCCCAGCACAGCCCCGAGGAUCCUGGCCGCGUCUGUCCCGACCCCACCGCGGCCACGAGCCCCUUGAGCGUCACCCCCCUCGGCCCCCCACUCCCGAAGCAGGCCACUCACGCCUCUGGCCGCGGCUCUUCCCCACUCUGGUUCGUGGAAGUGGUUGGUUACCAUGGUGAAGCUGGCAGCCAAAUGCAUCCUGGCAGGAGACCCCGCAGUGGGCAAGACGGCCCUGGCGCAGCUCUUCCGCACCGACGGAGCCCACUUCCAGAAGAACUACACCCUGACAACAGGGGUGGAUUUGGUGGUGAAGACGGUGCCAGUCCCUGACACGGGGGACAGUGUGGAGCUCUUCAUAUUCGACUCUGCUGGCAAGGAGCUGUUUUCCGAAAUGCUGGAUAAGCUGUGGGAGAGUCCGGACGUCUUGUGCCUCGUCUACGACGUGACCAGCGAGCAGUCCUUCCAGAGCUGCGGCAAGUGGCUGGACAAGGCUCGCUCCCAGGCCCCCGGCUCCUCCCUCCCAGGUGUGUUAGUGGGAAAUAAGACAGACCUGGCUGGCAGGCGUGUGGUGGAGUCGACGAAGGCCCGGGAGUGGGCCCUGGGCCAAGGCCUGGAGUGUUUCGAAACGUCCGUGAAGGAGAUGGAAAACUACGAAGCCCCCUUCCGCUGUCUGGCCAAACAGUUCCACCACCUGUACCGGGAGAAGGUGGAGGCGUUCCAGGCGCUGGUCUGAGGGCCGGCGGCGGCCGGGGCAGCUGGGCAGAGCUGCUCCACCCCCCAGAGGCAAGAGAAGGUGAAAGGGACCUCCAGUGUAUCCUGGCAGCUUUCAAUAAAUGAGACCGUGCAAA